UCAGCUCGGUCCACUCCGGUGAAUAAGCACCCAAGUAUUGUAAUCAUCCCGCCCGUUAGGUAGGUAGUAUGGCCCCGCCGACUGAAGAAGCUUCCAUGAGCAUAAGGAGUUCACCUCCCUUCACCGAGUCACGUUAUUUCGCAAACCGAAACAUCCCCUCUUUCUCGCCUAGACCGCGUUACGACAGUAGCUUGGAUCCUAGCAUUUCGCUCGCACUUCUUUGGGGUAACGGACCCCGGGACCGCAAGCGUGAUUACUCGUCAGCCCGGUUGCCUCACAACCGCCGAGGACGGAAACUCUCACGACGCAAGGUGUUCACCCAUUGGCAAUCUUUUCCAUCUCAUUGGCAACGUAAUCCCUAAGCUUCCGACUGGUAUUUGGCUCGGCCUGGCAGACAACGCUUUUGCAGCCAUCCAACCUCUUCGAACAUUCUGCGCACGCCUGCACUGACACCGUUCGCGAGAUCACCAGGCGCAGUCGGUUUACCCCGCCCUCUUCGCGGCUUCUAGAACGUUUUACGCUUCCCCCCCCCUUUGAAAAUGGGCGUCGGGACCGCGAUUGACGAUAAGGAGAAGUGCGUCGACUUGGAGAAGGACGAGGAUGCUCAUUCGAGUGACAGCGACGAUGAUUACCAAAAGGCCGUUGAGGUCACAUUUGAGCCCGGCAAUCCUUACCGCCGCAAAAGCUCACUGGUGACGUCUGACACAUCUCGGCCUCUGCCGCGCCACCCGAGCAGGAGAACCGAGUGCAUCGUCCACCAGUUCCUCGAAAGCCAGAGAAAGGCCCGCGACGCCGUUGCCUCCGCCAGCAACCACGGCUCCAGGUCCAAUUCGACCUCGAGUGCUUCCAAGGCAAACGAUCACCUCCACCAUGGUCACCCCACCUACGAGAGUCCUAACCGGCAAGCGGGCGCCAAGGACGUAUGCAGGGAAACGGGCAUGUCCAAAACGGUUGAGCCGAAAGCGCGCGUGGCCAAGCAGAGAGCCUCGAUUCUGGCAGCAGACAGCCCGGAAGACAGCGACAUUGGUCAGGCUGACGAAAAGUCUUGGCGAUCUGAAAUUAUCAAGUCUGCAUCACAAGUCGAUCUCGCACAAUCCGACGACGAAGAUGAGCUGCACAGCCGGCUACUCACCAAGAAACAGCUAAGCGAGAUGGCCUGGGGGGUUCGCGAGCUCAGCCGUCGCCUCAGCAGCAUGCGCAUCAGGUUUCGCGUCAAGACCAUCUUCCUCCUGACCAAGAUACACGACGCAGACUUGAUCAGUCGAACACGGGAGCUGACCAAAUGGCUUCUGUCGCACGAGCGAGACGUCGACUAUACCGUCUAUGUGGAGGAGAAGUUCAAAGACAACAAAAAGUUCAACGCGUUGGGCAUGGUCGAAGAGCUCAGCAAGGAGGCCCUCGAUGCCGGCCAACCGCAAACCAAGGCCAGCGAUGAUGUUAUCUCUAAACGGCUCCGGUACUGGGAUGAAGACAUGUGCCGCAACCGACCGCACAUGUUCGACUUUGCAAUCACUUUGGGCGGCGACGGCACUGUGCUUUAUGCCAGCUGGUUGUUCCAGCGCAUUGUCCCACCGGUGCUGAGCUUCUCCCUCGGUAGUCUUGGCUUCCUAACCAAAUUCGACUUUGAGGAACACCGCACCAUACUCGAGAGCGCAUUCAACAAGGGCGUCACAGUGAGCCUACGACUGCGCUUCGAAGGAACCAUCAUGAGAAGCCAGCAGAGAAAACGAUUGGCGGACGUCGAAGAGAGCAGCUCUAGCCAGGACGAUGAUGGACACAAGCCCGACCUUGUCGAAGAACUUGUAGGCGAGGAGAGGGAGGACGAGCAUACGCACAAACCAGACGGGACGUUUGAGAUAUUGAACGAAAUCGUCGUGGACCGCGGCCCCAAUCCGACAAUGUCAUAUACGGAAAUAUUUGGUGACGAUGAGCACUUCACUUCUGUCUUGGCAGAUGGCAUUUGCGUGUCGACCCCCACCGGCUCUACCGCCUACAAUCUGGCGGCCGGCGGCUCCCUCUGCCACCCUGAGAACCCAGUCAUGCUCGUCACCGCCAUCUGUGCUCAUACGCUUUCCUUCCGCCCAAUUAUCCUACCAGACACCAUCGUCCUCCGUAUAGGUGUGCCCUACGAUGCAAGGACGAACUCCUGGGCCAGCUUCGACGGCCGCGAGCGCAUGGAGCUGUUCCCUGGGGAUUAUGUCACCAUCAGCGCCAGCCGGUAUCCCUUUGCAAGCGUCCAGGCUCAGGGUCGGCGAAGCGAGGACUGGGUCAACAGCAUUAGCGGAAAAUUGGGCUGGAAUACGCGGCAGAAACAAAAGGGAUACAAGGAAUGGGAUAAUUAGUCCGUUUGUCAAG